CUAAAUUUGACAUAAAAAUUACUAUUUUGUAAUUUUGUAUUUGUAUUUUUUUAAGGAAACAUAGAAUUAGAAAUAAAAAAAACACUCAUCUAAGUCCAAGAAUCAUCUAGAAUUAAUUUACACUGCACUGACAAGGACAACCAUGAUUGAUAGCUACGCACAUGCCACUUUCGAUGUUAUGUACGUUAGUGAAAAUAUACCUGGUCCAACAGAAGAAACCCUGGAGGGUUCUGAUAUAGCUAGAAAUUUCAAUUCUCAGUUAACGCAUUGCUGUACAUGCAAUGACAAAUGCCUGCAAGAUUGUUGCGAAUGCCUUAAAAUAUCCGGCGGCGCUAAUUACACAUUAAUCCAAAAUCAUACAAAAGGCGUAUAUAUCAUGAACAGAAAAAACAACGUAACAUGCACCUAUCCAGUUAUAGAGUGCAGUGAACUGUGUAGAUGUUCAGAUAACUGUGGAAAUAGGCUUGUUCAGAAGGGGCCUAUAAAUUCACUUUAUGUAAAACCAUCAGAAAAUAAACUAAAAGGACUAGGCUUGUAUACAAACACAUACAUUCCAAAAGGGUCUUUCAUAUGUGAAUAUGCUGGGGAAGUUUUAACUAAAAGCCAAGCUAUGUCUCGUUACCAUUACAAUGAAAAACAUGGACGGAUGAAUUAUAUAUUCUGUUUGAAUGAGCAUGUAGCUGGUAAAACUACUCAGAUGUAUAUAGAUCCAAGUAGUUUUGGUAAUAUAGGCCGAUAUAUUAAUCACAGCUGUGAGCCUAAUUGUGAGAUAGUACCAGUAAGGUUUUACUAUCCUUUGCCGAGACUCGCUGUGUUUAGUUUAUUGGAUAUCCAGCCUGAAUCUGAAAUAACUUUUGAUUAUGGUUCCGAUGACAUAAACAAUUGUGUAUCUGAGGUAACUCGAAAGCUCUGUUAUUGUAGCAGUAAUAAAUGUAAGGGAUUUAUGCCCUAUCUUCCUUGUUAAAAUAAAUUAUUAUGUAAUUUAUGUAUUUAUAUUUAUAUAGGACUGGCUGACGCCGCGAGGUUUUACUUGCGUGGUUCCCGUUCCCGUAGCAAUACGAGGAUAAUAUAUAGCCUAGGGCAUUCCUCGAUAAAUGGGCUAUCUAACUCUGAAAGAAUUUUUCAAAUCUGACCAGUAGUUUCUGAGAUUAGCGCGUUCAGUCAAACAAACAAACUCUUCAGCUUUAUAAAUAUAAAUUUAAUAUUUAUAAAUAUAAUAUUAGUAUAAAUAUAAAUUUUGUAAUAUAAACAAUUCUUGUAUGUAGGUAUAAUGUACAUUUUGAAAUCUUGGGAACAGAGGAGAUGAUGUGGUGUAUCAUAAAUCUAAUCUUAUAAUAAAACUGUAACAGGUCAAAUUCUGUACAUUAAAGAUAUUUUGAAGAUUUUAGUUGAGAAGGCAUAUAAUUGUCUGUGUGUCCAUAUUUAUUGUAUAUUUUGCAUCACGCUGAAACUACUGAAUGAAUUUAAAUGAAACUUGGCACUAUUUGAGACUAAUUUGUGGAAGAGUUCUAAGAUACUUUUAAUAGUGAAAAUUAUAUCAAGACAGGGGUAAAAGUUUGCAUGGAAAGUCCUUCAUUUUUCAAGUUACAUUUGUGUUUGGUAUGUGUACUACCAAAAAAUACUGAAAAUAAUGUAACUCAAGAUUUUUCAUAUUUCUACCCCUAAUUGGUUCAUAAGGGGUUCAAAUCGUUCAUGAUAUAGAUUCAUUGAGUUUUAUGUUUGUAAAAUGAUGAGUGGAUGUAAUGACUAUUUAUUAUACUUAUCACAUGCAAAAAUAUAAAUAGAAGGGUGUAGGGGUUGAAAGCUUAUAUCGAUUUCCACGUGGAUGAAGUCGCGGGCGUUCCCUAGUAUUCAAUAUAAAUGUAUGUUAGGGUAUUAAAAUAAAUAAUCAGUAUUGAACUAGCAUUGUUUUAUUGAAUGGCGACAAGUUAUUCCAGUCGUUUUAGGUUUUAUCUGGGGAAAAAUUCCUAGUGAGCUGAAUUUAUGUAACACCUUAGGAGUGACAAUGACCUCUAUUGACCUCUG